AUGGCUGCAUCUUCGUAUGUUCUAGGACCUGGUUCACAUAAAAAAGCCAGAAGGAGACCUGUGACCUGUUGCAUUAGCAUCAAGAAGCCUCACAGACACCAUCAGCCACACAUACAAAUGGAAAAGGAAAUUGCAGUGGCUGUUUUGCUGAAUCUGUUGAUAUGCACGAUAGUUUUCUACACUGUGUAUUAUGUGGUCCUUAGCAUUUGUUUUACAGCAUUCAGGUUGAAAAUGUUGGAUGAAUGGGCACCUUUUGAUUUUAAGACAAAUCCCUCGUGGAUUAACCCAAAUUACUUAGUUCUUCUAGUUUCAUUGGAAAUUACCUACUUUAUUUGUGGAUUGCUGUUUGCCUUGGUUGUGGAAGAAUGGGUUUGGGAUUACGCUAUAACAGUUACUGUUAUUCAUAUCAUCAUAACAUCAUUUGUUAUGUCUGAAUUCCCUCUGAUGUUGCACUGGUGGCUGGCAUUAGGAGCUGGCUUAAUUUCAAUGAUUUGUGGAGGAGAGAUUUUGGCAUACUGCUUGUUCAAAGACAACUUCAUUUACCCAAUUCUGGAUGAUUUUUGA